GGGUGACACAUUUGUCACCAUAAAACCAAGUUGAGCUUCUUUGACGUGGAUGUUUUAGUAAAAAUGUUAUUUAAUUAAUAUACGGCUUAUAAAUUAAGCGUGUAGUAAAAUAAAAAUAGCAUUAAUUGAUGGUAUAUUACGUAGACCUUUACAAUGGAUGACGAUUUAUUACAACCAAAGAAAAAAAGUGUCAUCUCACAAGCAUGGACAAGGUUAUCACAGAUAUUCCAAAGUACAUUGGAUAAAUGGACACCAUACACAAGGUGGCGUUGGGGCUUCACAUUAUCGUUACUGAUAUUAUUCGGAUUGAGAAUAUUCUUGAUGAAGGGAUGGUAUAUCGUGACUUAUGCGCUCGGUAUUUAUCACUUAAACUUAUUCAUAGCGUUUUUGACACCUAAAAUUGAUCCAGCCAUGGAUUUUGAUGCUGAUGAAAAUGGUCCAGAAUUACCAACUAGAGCAAAUGAAGAGUUUCGGCCGUUUAUUAGAAGGUUGCCUGAGUUUAAAUUUUGGUAUUCGGUGACAAAAAGUACAGUUUUUGCAAUUAUUUGUACAUUCUUCGAUUGCUUUAAUAUUCCAGUAUUUUGGCCGAUCCUCGUCAUGUAUUUCCUGACGUUAUUCUGCGUUACGAUGAAACGUCAAAUAAAGCACAUGAUCAAAUAUAGGUAUUUACCAUUUACACAUGGAAAACCUAAAUAUCAAAGUCAUGAGGAACCAUUAAUAAAACCACCGGGUGCACCAAAGUGAUUAGUCAAAUGAUGCGAGAAAAUUUCUGAACUAUAUGUGUUUAAAAGAAGGCAUGAAAACAAUGAAUGAACAUUUUUGUAAUAGGUUUAAGAAAUAUCCGGAUUGAAGUACUUUUUCUAAAACUUGCAUAUAGCUUAUUAAAUGUAAUGUUAUUGUAAUUAUACAAAAGAAUCGUUUUCUUUUGUUAUUCUUUUGUGCAUAGAUUAUUUUUACAUAAUAUAAUUAGUUACAAAUUUUUGUGUUUUAUACACUUUCAAAAAGAGUACACGUUUUUAUUUUAUAAUUUUUAUUAUUUAUUACGUGAAAAAGUAUUGUACAUAAAAAUAUAACAGGAUGGUUAAAG